AGGCAGUGGGCGGGCUUCCGCGCGGUGCGGCCGGGCUCCGCGCUGCCGCCGCCGCCGUGGCCCAUGGGCAGAGUGGGCUCGGGAGGCCCGAAUUAAGCGGAAGAGGAACAUGUCCCUGUACGAUGACCUGGGCGUGGAGACCAGCGACUCCAAGACGGAAGGCUGGUCGAAGAACUUCAAGCUCCUGCAGUCCCAGCUGCAGGUGAAGAAGGCAGCUCUCACCCAGGCCAAGAGCCAAAGGACAAAACAAAGUACAGUCCUUGCCCCAGUCAUUGACCUAAAGCGAGGUGGCUCCUCAGAUGACCGGCAGAUUGUGGACACCCCCCCACACGUAGCAGCCGGGCUGAAGGACCCCGUUCCCAGCGGGUUUUCUGCAGGGGAAGUUCUGAUUCCCUUAGCUGAUGAGUAUGAUCCUAUGUUUCCUAAUGAUUAUGAGAAAGUAGUGAAGCGCCAACGAGAAGAGCGACAGAGGCAGCGGGAGCUGGAAAGGCAGAAGGAAAUAGAAGAAAGGGAAAAGAGGCGUAAAGACAGGCAUGAAGCUAGCGGAUUUUCAAGGCGACCAGACCCAGAUUCUGAUGAAGAUGAAGAUUAUGAGAGAGAGAGAAGGAAAAGAAGUAUGGGAGGAGCUGCCAUUGCCCCACCUACGUCUCUUGUAGAGAAAGACAAGGAGCUGCCCCGUGAUUUCCCCUAUGAAGAAGACUCAAGACCUCGAUCACAGUCUUCUAAAGCUGCUAUUCCUCCGCCGGUAUAUGAGGAACCUGAUAGACCACGAUCUCCAACUGGGCCCAGCAACUCAUUCCUGGCUAACAUGGGCGGCACAGUAGCGCACAAGAUCAUGCAGAAAUACGGCUUCCGGGAAGGCCAGGGCCUGGGCAAGCACGAGCAAGGGUUGAGCACAGCUCUGUCGGUGGAGAAGACCAGCAAGCGGGGCGGCAAGAUCAUUGUGGGUGACGCCACAGAGAAGGGCGAGUCUCAGGAUGCAUCCAAGAAGUCGGAUUCAAAUCCAUUAACUGAAAUACUGAAGUGUCCUACGAAAGUGGUCCUGCUAAGGAACAUGGUUGGUGCUGGAGAGGUAGAUGAAGACUUGGAAGUUGAAACAAAGGAGGAAUGUGAAAAAUAUGGCAAAGUUGGAAAAUGUGUGAUAUUUGAAAUUCCUGGCGCUCCUGAUGAUGAAGCAGUGCGGAUAUUUUUAGAAUUCGAGAGAGUUGAGUCAGCAAUUAAAGCUGUUGUUGAUCUGAACGGGAGGUAUUUUGGUGGACGGGUGGUAAAAGCAUGUUUCUACAAUUUGGAUAAAUUCAGGGUCUUGGAUUUGGCAGAGCAAGUUUGAUUUUAAGAACUAGAGCCAUCUCCGAUUCUCCUUAAUGAACUGCACACUGAGCAAUGACAGAGGCAUCAGCCUUCCUGGCUGUUGGAUACUGAGAGACUCUUGGAUGGACUUUAAGAUAUAUGUUGAUUGAUCCCUUUUUUAUUUUGUGGUUUUUUAAAUAUAGUAUAAAAAUCCUUUAAAAAAUU